AUGACACAAUUCCCAAAGAGGAAUUAGGAAACUUAUUACGUGCUUUAAAACAGAAUCCUUCACAAGCGGAAGUUGCAGAGCUUUCUAAAGAUUUAGGAGAAAGAAUUGACUUUAAUAAAUUCAUGGAAAUUCUUGAAAGACCAAAUGGGUUUGCACCGCUUGGAACUUUUGAAGAAUUUAUUGAAGGAUUUCAAGUAUUUGACAAAGAUCGAACUGGUUAUAUAUCAGCUGGUGAAUUGAGAUAUGUUUUGAGUAAUUUAGGAGAAAAGCUUAGUAAUGAAGAAGUUGAUGAAUUGAUGAAAAUAAGCCAAGUUGAUAAAAAUGGAAAUAUAAAAUAUGAUGAUUUCGUUAAAUUUAUUUUGUCAUCUUAA